AAAGGAUCCAGGAUCAAGGAAGGGCCGCGAGUUGUUGAGUUGUCAAAAAAGGGAAAUGAAAGUAUGAGAUGAGUUAGUAUGAGUUAAUGGCCAGUCAACAUCCUUAAGCCCUUGUCAAUCGGAAGAAUGUGUCAGGACUAGACAAACACCCUCCCCCCGUAACAAACGUUCUGUAAAGCGUCUAAGGAAACCAUCUUGUGAACAUACCCUAUCGGCAUGGGGAGCUUCGUCGGCCAUGCUUAUCCGGGUUCUCUCUUCAUGGUUCUCGCCCUCUGGUGGACAGUGCAGAUGCUGCAGAGAUACUUCCGGUGCAAAAGGUUCGGGACAGAGUAUGUUGCUUGCGUCGCGCACAAAAGUCAAGCAUUACCCAGAGUUCCAAUAGAGCCCAUAUUCAAGAUGGCCGUCUGCACGUUUGGGAUCGUGGGUGAAAUCAUUCAAGGCCAUUACAAUGACGAAUUUGCUCCAAAAAACUGGCACCAUGCGACCAUGUUCGUGUUCUUUGGAUUUUCGGGACUGGUGGACAUGUUGGUGCAUUACGGUUUCCGAUUUCCGAAAAAUGUGGAUUAUUCCCUUCUCAUCCUGUCCAUUGGGGUAGAAGGGUUUCUAUUCUUCUGGCACGUGCAUGGACGAGAGCCUGUCGACGUGUUUUUGCACAAAUUGUUAGUCUUUGCCAUUUUCAUGGCAUUCUGUGCUGCUUUUGCCGAGAUGUGUUUACCUUACAGCAUCACCGCCUCGCUAGCUCGGCCCUUUUUCUUCUUCCUGAAGGGAACGUGGUUCUGGCAGAUUGGAUUUACUCUGUACGGCCCAUUUCCGGUUGCGGCAGGAGACGACCAUGUUCAAAUGAUGAUAGCCGUCUAUUUUACCUGGCACGUUGCCAUCAUCACGCUAUUCAUGUUUGGGUUGGGAAUUUUAAUUUCGUCCCUGCAAAGUCAGAAAGGCGGGUACACAAGAGUGGCACUAUCUAACUCUUGUAAUGAAGAAAAGAUCGGACUUAUGGAAAAAGAAAGCCCAUCUGUGAACAAUAAUGCGGAAGUGUUAUGAAUUCAAUCUUAGUGCAUGUACUAACAUAUCCAUGUUUGUUCGGAAGUACAUAUAAUUUUAUCUUCAAGGGACAAAGAUAGAAUUUAAUUUUUAUAACUUUUAUAGAAAUAUUGCUCUCGGUCGUAUUUUUUAUAAACUAAAUGUACAUAUACUAUGUACUUAAUACAUGUGCAUUUUAUUAAUUCGCUCCAUCGCAUUUAUGCACUGCAUUUUCCUUAUAACAACGGAUGUUUUACGUGUCAGAUGUAUGAAAAAAGAUUUAUCAUGAUAUCCCCACAAUCCACAUAUCAAUGAAAAACGUGUCUUUUCUUUUUUUAAUGAUAUUAUAUAUCUUGCGGAGCGUCUUUGUAAAAUUAUUGAAUAUUACGUGGUUAUUUUCGUCUCUUAAUUUUGCUCUUGUUCAAAUAUUGCUAAAAAGAAGUAUGGUGCACUUUUCAAUAUAAGCACCGUUUACAAUUUGUGUAUUGUAAAUGAUGGCGAAUGGGAUGAAAAUUAAACGGGGACAAAAAACAUCCCAUGUAAAUGGUACUUAAAAUUUGUAUAAAUGUUUUGUCUGUACUUGAUCGAGUUAGUUUGGGGUACUUUUCUGUAUUUUUUCCUUAAUUUUGUACUUUGUUACAUUUUGACAUGAAUUGUCCAUAAACUAUAUGUUCCUAUUUCUGAAUUAAUUAAGCCUUUUUUUUAUUAACAUGCACACACAAAUUGCUUUGCUGAGAUCAACUCUACAUUAACUAUCCUUGCUAGAACAUCGCAUCAAAUACUUGUAUAUCAAGUGUUACAGUCUGCAUAAAAAUGCCAUUCACAUGUUUUUACAA